GCGCAGUGCUCUGUCCAUCACACAUAAAAAAAAGCCGCGUCGAGGAAAAAAAGAGUAGAUUUUAUAACAAAAUUUUGGAAAAAUAGCUUUAUUUUAUUAAAACUAAAAUAGGAAAUUAACAAAAAACACACAAAACUAAGGAAAAUGGCGCAACCUACCAAAGUAUUUGUUGGUAGUCUGCCACCAGGCACAAAACCAGAAGAACUAAGACGUUUAUUUGAGAAUUAUGGUAUCGUAGUGGAAUGUGAUGUCAUGAAUCGUUGUGGAUUUGUGCAUAUGAAAAAUGCCGCAAUGGCGGAGAGUGCCAUUGUUGCUUUAAAUGCUAGUGAGUUCAAGGGCCAGUCCAUAGUAGUGGAACAUGGAAGAGCUAAAGAAAGAAAGCAAGGUGGCGGAGGCGGUGGUGGCCGAGGUGGUAAUCAAGGUGGUGGUAUGGGUCCUAGAGGAGGUAGAGGUGGUGGCAGCGGCCGUGGUAUCAUGGUUGGCUUCCCUGGCAAGCAAAAUUUUAAUCAAGCGGCCACUUUGCAAUUGGCCGGUGUCAUUAUGGAACUACUGGGUGAUCAACAAAACCAACUCGAUGAUAUUUCAGGUGGCAAUAACAAUAAUAAUAAUAUGCCAAGAGGCGGAGGAGGUGGUGGUGAGCCUGGUUUUCGCAGAGGCGGUGGUGGUCCUGGUGGUCAUCAAGGUGGUCGUGGUGGUAAUUUCCAGGGUGGCCACCGUGGAGGAAAUCAAAAUAUGAAUGGUGUGGGACCAAUGCGUAAUCAAGGCUUUAAAGGGGACAGACCUGCCCCUUACCCUCAAGGCAUGAAUAUGGGCGGUCCACCUAACAAUCAACAAGGUGGAGGUCAUCAAGGUGGCAGAUUUAACAAUCAGUCGAAUAGAGGUGGUGCUGGCGGUCCAGCUGGUAACUUUAACCAUAAUCCUCGUGGUGGUAAUUAUGCUCCAAAACCGAAUGCCAAUAAUUACGGUGGUGAUGGCAAUAAUUCCUGGAAUAAUGAUCAACGUAGAGGUAUGCCUCCACAAGGUGGUCAUGAUUUUGCUGAAGACAAUUUCUCAGGUGGUUUCAGUGGCAAUAUGGGUAAUUCUGGCGGCGGUGGUGGUAACUUUGGUGGUCAACAAGACAGACGUGGUUUUACUUUGCCCUCAAAUCAAUUCCAACAGUAUGGUGGUAAUGCUGGUGGAAACCAAUUUGGCGGUUAUGGUGGCAAUGAUGGUGGUGACUCGUUCAAUGAUGAUGCCAUCUUCCAGAGACGCAAUAAUAAUCCUUCAAAUGGUCCUAUUAUCAUUGAUUUCAAAAGUACUGGACAUGGACAAGGUGGUGGCGGCGGCGGUAGUGGUGGCAAUUUCAAUCGUGGUGGUAAUCAAGGAGGUCGCGGAGGAGGUCAAGGAGGUAAUUUCCAAAACAAACGUGGUGGUCAGGGUGGCUUCCAACAAGGAGGUGGUUUUAAACGUGGUGGACCCGGCGGCAAUAACAUUAAUAUGAACUCGGGCGAUAAUUACCAGCAAAACUUUCCUCCACUAGGAGGUGGUCCAGGUCAAGGUGGCUUUGGCCAAAAUCGCAAUCAAGGCGGUCAAGGAGGUCGUGGUGGAGGUGGUGGCGGUAUGAAUCGCAAUGCGCCUCGACAAAAUAUGCCAAAUCGUCGCUAUUAAAAUGCAAACAAGAUUACUAAAGCAAAAUUUUAUUUAAAAGGAAAAACUAAAAAUUAAUUUCAAUUAAAAGCAAACAAAAUAAAACUAUCAAUAAAUAGUAUUUUUAAGUGUAGACAUUAGACUACUAAAAAAACGUUUAAAAAAGAAUACGUUACGUAACGUAAGAUCGUACCAAACGCAAUGAAUUAGUUUUUAUGCGACGUAACAUUAAACGUUAUAUUUUAAGAUUUUUUAUUAUUAAAAAUUGAUUGUUUCGACAAACAACAACUAUUUUAUUUGACCGAAAAAAAAAAAAUAAUGCGUUUUAGUUUUUUUAAACAAAAUACAUAAUUGUAAACAAAAAAAAAAUAUCAUCUAAUUUAAAGUUUAUAAUCAUAAUUUCCAUAAACCUUUAUAAACUUAUAAAAAAAGUAUAACAAUCGUUUUUUAAGAAAUUCCCAACUAAACCAACAAAAGUAUACAUUAAAAAAAUCAUUUAAAAAUACCUCA